ACCUCGGCGCGUCGUGACGGACCGCAGCCAGUUUACAGUUCCCGCGACCCACAGCAAAGCUCAUCGAGCUGAGAGAGCCGCAUAAUACAUACACACACACAUUACCUGUAUAAAAUGCAGUGUGUACACGAUACAUAAAGGAACAACAAAACCAUUACUUUUCACACAGUGCGGAAAUUUAUUAAUAUUAGUACGGUGCGUGUGCAUUUAGGAAUUUCUUCUCUCGCGAGUGCUGUGUGUGUAAACAAUUUCAUCUCAUUGUUGUACAUAUAUACGUACUGCUCGGCGCAAUCCAUGUUCUCUGUGCUGUGUCUGCAUGUGUCGCACGAGUAAGCCAAGAGGAAAAACUUGAGAAUAUGUUUGUGUGUUGUUCGUAGUAUACAGGAGGAAACUACAUAAUCGUAUACUACGUUCGGUCGGUGUGCCAUCGUUGCUGUUUAUUUGUUUUAUUUAUUUUUUCUUUUUGUUUCUGUUUUUGUUUAACGAGUGUUGAGAGGGCAAGAAGCUCUACCGAGUUGGACCCGAGUUUGAAACGCGAGUGUCUAGUAGAGCAAGGAGAAUUGUUAUCGAUCGCAAAAAAAGGCAUAAAACGUGGUGUGGUGGCACUUAUACAAUUUAUUAUAAAUGCGUCCAGUUUGUGCGUGUAAAUUGUCGAAUCAAAAUCAUCGCGCGCACUGGACAGAUGAGCUUGGAAGUGACGAGCAGCAGAAUCAGCCAAGAGAAGACUACCGCUACCGCUGGUUAGUGCCGAAGAUAGCCGUAUAAGCUCAUUGUUCUCUCUCUCUGUCGCUCACUCGCGAAACACGACGACGAAGACAUCGGGUGGUGGUGGUGGCGGCGACGACGGUAGCCUUAUCGUCACCGACGCACACAUACACACGCGCUUUACGUCGUCGUGCAACACGCGCGCUGGAGCGACGAUAGAUUCGCGCUCUCUCUCUCUCUCGAUCAAGAGGAGCAGAAGAGGGCCGCUUCGUCCUAGAAGCGACGACGUCAACGAAACCGGACAUCGUCUGCACGAAUAAGAUCUGAACGCGACGUCGUGACGCGUCCGUCGUACACAGCAUCAUUUUGGCGCCCUAUCCGUACCAGAUGAAGCUGCUGCCGAACAUCUCGCUGCCGCAGCUGCCGCCGGUCUCGGCCGCCGGUGCCAGCCUCGGCGGCAUGACGGGCCUCGACUCGAGAAUGGCCCCGGGCAUCCCGCUGCCCUUCAGCCCGACCGACUUCCUCUGGCGCUACACCCCGGCCGCCAUGACCUUCUCGCCGUCGGCCCAGCCGCCCGCCAAUCCCUUCUUCGAUUUCAAGACUCAUCUUCCCAACAAUUUGGCUUCGGAUCCGAGGAUAUGGUCGAGGGACGACGUGGCCAACUUCCUGCGCUGGUGCGAGCGGGAAUUCGACCUGCCGACCUUCGACAUGGACAUGUUCCAGAUGAACGGCAAGGCCCUCUGCCUGCUGACCAAGUCGGACCUGGGCGAGCGCAGCCCCGGCGCCGGCGACGUGCUCCACAACAUCCUCAACAUGCUGGCCCGGGACUUUAGCCAGCGCUGCCUGCCGGGCUCGCCGGUGACGCCGACCAGGCCCCAGGCCUCGUAUCCGCUCUCGCCGCACUCGCAUCCGCCGACCCCGACCUGGGUCGAGCACCCCUACACGGCCAACCUGGCCAGCCUCAUGUCGGCCAACUCGGUCACCCUGUCGCCGGCCCCGUCGCUCGACAGCCAAGCCGGCUCGCCCGGACACACCACCGGCGGCGGCGGCGGCGGUCAGGAGGGCGGCUCCUCCUCGUCCUCGUCCCAGCAGAGCUCCACUAACAACAACAACAACAACAGUCACCACAUCGGCAUCGGCGCUGGCCCGACGAGUACCAACAGCGGCGCCGCCAGCACCAACACCAGCACCAAUACCAUGAGCAACGGCAGCAACAGCCACCACCACGCUCUGUCCAACGGAACGGCCAACAUGGUCACUUCGCAGAUCUACAAGAGCGACAGCGACGAGGACAAUCAGCACGGAGGCGCCUCGAGCAGCAACAGCGCCAGUCCGCCCGCUACGCCCACGGCCCUCACGGCCCAGAGGCUCAGCGAGGUCUGCAUGAAGGACGAGCGCAGCCCGACUCUGCCGCCCCAUCACUUGUUGCCGCUCACCCCCGGAGCCUACAGAGCCGCUGGUACGCCCGGCGUGGGCGCCGACAGCCCCUACAAGCGCGACGCUUUCUUUCCCAGCGACUCGCCCGAACCAACCAACGGACGAUUGCUGUGGGACUUCUUGCAACAGUUGUUGAACGAUCCGACUCAGCGUUACACCAACUACAUUGCCUGGAAAAACCAAGAGACCGGUGUAUUCAAGAUCAUCGACCCCGCCGGAUUAGCCCGUCUUUGGGGCAUUCAAAAGAAUCAUCUAUCCAUGAAUUACGACAAAAUGAGCCGAGCUCUGCGUUACUACUACCGAGUCAACAUUUUGAGGAAGGUCCAGGGAGAACGUCAUUGUUACCAAUUUCUUCGCAAACAAUCCGAGCUGAAGAACAUUAAAAAUAUAUCCUUAUUACGUAAUCAAACGCGUAUCAAGCCUGAGCCGGGUGACGAAGAGCCCAUGACUCCUACGACGAUGGAACCGGAUACAGACAUGCCUACCGAUUUAUCCAUGACCGGUGCCAAUAGUCAAAUGUCUACCAGUAAUCACGACGCCCAUAAAACGUCGCCCAACUCGGACAUGCACGAGCACAAGUCGGCUUUUGAACACGCCAAACAUACGUUCGAACGCAUAUCGGCGUUCGAGCCAAAAUCGCCGUUCGAGCACAAAACGCUCUUCGAGCCCAAGUCACCCUACGAACAUCCACAUUCUCACAUGCAUAAUAACUUUCACCAUCAACAACAACAGUAUGAACCCGCUCAACUUCAACCUCUAUCUUUGUCGGAUCCCCCGAUGAAGUACCGAAGCCAUUCUUUUAAUUUGGUCAAAACAGAUUCACAACAGACGCAACAAAGACAAGCGACGCCACCGUCUACGAGUCAAUCGCAAACGUCUAUGCUGCCGCCUCAACAACAACAGCAACAGCAGCAGCAAUCUACGUCACAACCAAUGGUCGAGGAAAGAAAGUAAACCCAUCGCAUCGUAUUAAGAUUAGUUAUAAGAGGACAAAACAUAAGACAAAGUGCAAUGCUCAAGUAGCGCAUCACCCGAGUUCUUCCAUUUAUCCAGUACAACAAUGUUAUACGCAUAUAACGUGAAAAAGUGAGUGACUGCCACCGAUGGCUAGACAGUGCACGUAACACAAUCUAUAAAAACCUAAUAUAAUAUUGGAUUUAUUUCUUAAGUAAUACACGUAUAAGUAGCUAUUGAUAAUAAAUGUGAAACGAAACGCAGAUACUCAAUAUAUACAACGAAAAAAAGCGCGAGAGAAUCGAGACUAUUUGCAUUCAAUUUAUUUUCUCAUGGCAUCAUAAUCUACGUGUAUACCACUUAUUAUCAUUAUUAUUAAUAUAAUACUACGGUUAUUAUAUUAUAUUAGAUAAUUUACCAUUAUAAGUUUUUGUACCCUGUCUUCUUAAACGCAUACGUUUUUGAUCGAGUUACGCUACGUACGUAUAAUGCGAUUGCUCAUCAAUAGUAACACGAUAUUUAUAUUCUCGUUUAUUGUAAAAUAGCUUUAACAAUUGCGCAAGGAAGAUUUACAGCCAUUGAAGUAACGAUAAAUGUAAAAUGAACGCAAGUACUAGAAACGUGAUUGAUAUUAGAUAGAAACUUAAUAUUACGAUUGUGCCAAGAAUUAAACUGCGUUACUAAUUUUAUUUUAAUAUUUUCUUUUCGCGUAAAAUAAGAGAAGAAAGUAGAAUGGGAAAUGAAAAGUUAUUAUUGUUAUACGAUACUAUUUGAUCGAACGACGUGCACUCAAUUAAAUUGAAAAUCGAAUGAAAUCUCAAUCACAUGCUCUUUCAUUUGUAUCAUGAUUUUUUAAGUGUAAUAAUUAUUGAUACCUGAAAAUUACAUUAAAAAGAAAAAUGUACAUAUUAAAAUUAAGGUCGAUAAAAAGGAGUUUUCGUUGAAUAUUUUUUGCCAUUCUUGAGAGACAAAAUUUGAAGACGAAAGUAUACAUUGUAGUUCGGCUACUCGAUAAGAAUAACAUUAAAGUGGAAUUUACAAAGGAAAUAUGGGGCCAUAAUAUUGAAGUUUAUACAUGUUAAAAAAAUUAAUUAUAAGGAAAUAAUUGCAGAUCAUUAUUAAUAUAUUUCAUAUGUAAAAUGAUGUGUACAAAUAUAGAUAUAUAUAUUUUUAUUACCAAAAUUUAUACUCAAAAUUUCUAUCGUAUCGUAUCUAGUUGUGAUUGUAACUUGAUACACAGGCGUUGGCUUACAUUCCACGUCCAGACUUUAUAAUUGGUACUGGCUUUUCAUUAACUAGUGCGAUACGUUAUGGAGUCGAUUGAAAAGAAAAUUUGUGAAAUUCGUAUGCUGACAUCAAUUUUAAAAAUUAAAAAAAUGUUACGAAAUCAUUUGCUUGAUUUAUCGCUACGAGUACAGAUGAAUUUGGUUUGACUAUAUGUAAAAUUAUCCGAUGAUUACAUAAAGCUGAACUGACUUGUAACAUCUUUGUACUUACUCAAUCUUCUGAGCUAGUUCUAUAAACAUCAAACAAAAUACAAAUUGGUGAUCAAGUUUUCAAUCAUCUUCAUUAUUUAUUUACUUACCGCAAAAUUGGGCAAUAAAUUGAUUCUAAUGCAUUCAACUACGAAGUUUUUGGUUCACAAUAGAUAAUGCGGUUGAAGCGAAAAUUUCAUCAAGAAGAUAUUCAAUAUUGAAAAUUGAUGUGUAGAAAAAUAAGAAAGUGAAAUUGUGUGAUUAUUCAAUCCAUUUAAAGAAUAUAUUCAGUAAUUGUGAUAAAUAUAGAAAAAGGAUAUGUUCUCGGUUUUGGUCUAUAUAACUUAGACAAUUUUUUGUAACAACAAUCCAUAGACGUUUUAAUUGAAAAGCCUUAUAAGUAAUUAUUGUAGAAAUUUGAAUUAAUACCUGGCUACAUUGUGUACUGUGAUCUCUAUAAGGUUAAAAAAGUGUAAAUGUACAUGGUACUAUUUAGAAAGAUAUCAACUGAUGAAUAAUUAUGUCUAUACUCUUUACAUUAGUUAUAAUAUAAUGUUAUUCAAAUUUGAAAUAUUAUAAUAUAUAAUGUUAUUGCAUACAUUAUAACAUUAUAUAUAUUUAAUAAUUUCAGACGUUAGGGAGACAUUUUUUGCAUGUGUAUAUUUAAUUAUCAUAAAAUUUACAUUUACUUUAAAGAUAAACGGUGUAAAUAGCUCAUACUCAAAAAGCCAGUGUAAAAGGUACUUGAUCACUGGUUAUAUAUAUAUUAUAUAUAUAUUAGAUUUUAAAUUACAUGAAAUGAGGAAUGCAAUUUAAAGAGUUUAUGUUUUACAUAAACGUAAGUGAGACAUGUGUAAAAAAUUGAUGAAUGUAAAAUUUUAGAUUAAGAAUCAUUUUAUUAUAUUAUAUAAAUUGUUAUUGAAAAAAUAAAUAUGAA